AUGAGUUUGGGAUUUCUUAUUGAUGUUGAUGAUGAAGAAGAAGCCAUAGCUGAACCUAGGCCUUCUGAUAAGAGUGUGCUUGAGUCAAUUGCUGGAAUUAAACUUCCUAGAGGAGAAGGCAUUUGCACUAGAGUGCCUCUCAUCACGAGGCUCCAAAAUCACAGGGAGACCGAGGUUUACUUGGAGUACAAUGGAAAUUUGGUUCCAACCGAUGAAGCUCACAUUGCAGAUGUCAUUAUUCUCGCAACUAAUGAGAUUGCUAGACAUGGUAAGGGCAUAUCCGAUAUCUCUUCAAAACUUAUAGUGAAAAAGAAUGGUGUUCCAGACUUAACGAUGGUAGAUUUGCCUAGAAUAACUAGAGUUACAGUUCUCGGACAAAUCGAAGAUAUGCUUGAACAAAUUUCAGAUGCAGUUGUCAUAUGGAUUAUCUGUGGAAGUUUGAAUGUCUCAGCUGAGGAUAAUACCACUGGACAGAAGAACAAGAUUACCAUCACAAAUGACAAGGGCAGAUAA